CCCCCGGGGCCGAGGCUCCUCUCCCCGCACCGCCAGUAGGUGGCCGGGGCAGGUCACAUGACCCCCCCCAGUUGCUACCACAGAAGCAGAAGCGGGGAGCCUCGGAGAGUCUCAGCCACCGACCGGCCUGGCAGCGGCCCCGGCCCCGGCCCCCUUGGCGCCGCCGCCGCCUGCAGCGUAGGGCACCGGCCGGGAGGCUCCCGGGGCUGCAGCUCCCCGCGCCCAGGAUGCCUGGAAAGCACCUGACAUAUCAUGGGCGCAACUACAAGAAAUAAUGAUCAUAAUAAAUGCUGCAACAUUGCAGUAACCUACACCUGUGAUCAUUUGCAUUUAGUGCAGUUCUUUCUCUUCUCCUGCUUCUCAGCAAAGAUCUGUUAGCAGCACAUCAGGAACGUAUCAGUUUGAUGAAAUUUGAUUUUAAAAAAUGUCCAGAAAGAGCACAGACUAUGGAGUGCUGCCGGAGUAUGAGAAGAGCCAGAUUAAAAGGACUCUGGAGCUGGGAACAGUUAUGACAGUGUUCAGUCUCAAGAAGUUUACUCCAGAAAGGAGGACCAUCCAAGUCAUAAUGGAAACCAGGCAGGUGGCCUGGAGCAAGACAGCUGACAAGAUUGAAGGUUUCUUGGAUCUGAUGGAAAUAAAGGAAAUUCGCCCUGGGAAAAACGCAAAGGAUUUUGAGCGCGGGAAAGCAACACAGUAUAAAGAGCAUUGCUUCACUAUUUUUUAUGGUACCCAGUUUGUUCUCAACACCUUAAGCUUAGCAGCUGAUUCCAAAGAUGAUGCUGAUAAAUGGCUGUGUGGCUUGAAUAUCUUGCAUCAAGAGGUUAUGAACGCGUCCACACCUGCAAUCACAGAGAGUUGGCUGAGAAAGCAGAUCUACUCUGUUGACCAGACUAGAAGGAACAGUAUCAGCCUUAGAGAACUGAAGACCAUACUUCCCUUAGUAAACUUCAAAGUAGGCAGCGUGAAAUUCUUGAAGGAUAAAUUUGCGGAAAUAGGAGCUCCCAAAGAAGAACUUAGCUUUGAACAAUUUCACGUGUUCUACAAGAAAAUUAUGUUUGAACAGCAGAAAUCGAUUCUUGAUGAAUUCAAAAAGGAUUCUUCUGUGUUCAUUCUUGGAAAUACUGACCGUCCAGAUGCUUCAGCAGUUCAUUUGCAUGACUUCCAGAGAUUUUUGCUACAUGAGCAGCAGGAGUCUUGGGCACAGGAUCUCAGUAAAGUCCGAGAACGAAUGACAAAGUUUAUAGAUGACACUAUGAGAGAAACUACUGAGCCCUUCCUCUUUGUGGAUGAGUUUCUCACUUACCUUUUCUCAAAAGAAAACAGUAUUUGGGAUGAUAAAUAUGAUGCAGUAGAUGCUCAGGAUAUGAAUAACCCUUUGUCCCACUACUGGAUUUCUUCCUCUCACAACACAUACCUCACAGGAGACCAGCUUCGAAGUGAAUCUUCCCCAGAAGCUUAUAUCAGGUGCCUUCGAAUGGGAUGUCGAUGUAUUGAGCUGGAUUGCUGGGAUGGUCCUGACGGGAAGCCGAUCAUUUAUCACGGAUGGACACGGACAACAAAAAUCAAAUUCGAUGACGUGGUGCAGGCAAUCAAGGAUCAUGCAUUUGUCACAUCUGAGUUCCCAGUGAUCCUGUCGAUUGAAGAGCAUUGCAGUGUGGAACAGCAGCGCCACAUGGCCAAAGUAUUCAAGGAGGUGUUCGGGAACCAACUCCUAAUGAAGCCAAUCGAAGUCAGUGCAGAUCAGCUGCCGUCGCCAACCCAGCUGAAAGAAAAAUUCAUCAUCAAGCAUAAAAAACUUGGACCAAAGGGAGACAUAGAUAUGAACCCAGAAGACAAGAAAGAGGAGAAAAAGCAACAAGGAGAACUCUACAUGUGGGAUACGAUAGAACAGGCAUGGACUCGGCACUAUUGUGCUAUAGCAGAUGAAAAGCUCUCAUUCAGUGAUGCUAUAGAACAGAACGCUGAUGACGAUUCAUUAAAGGACGUGAAACGUACUGAGUUGCACUGCAACGAGAAAUGGUUCCAUGGGAAAAUGAAAGAGGGGAGAACUACUGCUGAGAGGCUGCUCCAGGAAUAUUGUGCUGAAAUGGGUGGCAAGGAUGGAACGUUCCUAGUUAGGGAAAGUGAAACUUUCCCUAAUGAUUACACCCUGUCAUUCUGGAGGUCAGGUAGGGUCCAGCAUUGCCGUAUCCGUUCUAAUAGUGAAGGAGAUACCAUGAAAUAUUACCUGACCGACAACCUCACCUUUGAUAGUAUCUAUGAUCUCGUUCAACACUACAAGGAAGCCCACUUGCGAUGUGCUGAGUUUGAGCUGCGUCUGACUGAUGCUGUGCCUAACCCCAAACCUCAUGAAACUAAAGAUUGGUACUACCGUAACCUGAGUCGAGGAGAAGCAGAAGACAUGUUGAUGCGAAUUCCUCGAGAUGGAGCGUUUCUGAUUAGAAAGAGAGAUGAGCCCGAUUCAUUUGCCAUGACGUUCAGAGCUGAGGGGAAAGUGAAGCACUUCAGAAUUCGACAAGAAGGCCGCCACUUUGUGCUGGGCACCUCUGCCUACUUUGAAAGCUUAGUCGAACUGGUGACCUACUAUGAAAAGCACACGCUGUAUAGGAAAAUGAAACUGCGUUACCCUGUGACUGAGGAACUGCUAGAGCGCUACAGCACGGAGAAAGAUAUUAAUUCACUCUAUGAUGUCAAGAUGUAUGUGGAGCCUAACGAAAUAACCCCAUCAGUGCCUCAGAGAACAGUGAAAGCCAUAUAUGACUAUAAAGCUAAAAGAAGUGAUGAAUUGAGCUUCUGCAGAGGGGCCCUAAUUCAUAACGUCACAAAGGAAACAGAAGGCUGGUGGAAAGGAGACUAUGGAGAAAAAGUCCAACACUAUUUUCCAUCUAAUUACGUUGAAGACAUGUCAACUGAUAACCUUGCAGACCUUGAAAGCCAGAUUAUUGAGGACAACCCCUUAGGAACUCUGUGUCGUGGCAUAUUGGUCCUCAGUACAUACAAUGUCGUGAAAAUGCCACAAGGGAAGCAUGACAAGGCUUUUGUCUUCGUACUGGAACCCAAGAAUCCAGAAGAUCCUCCUGUUGAAUUUGCAACUGAUACAGUGGAAGAGCUGUUUGAAUGGUACCAAGACAUCAGGAAAAUCACAUUGAAAUCUACAGAAGAGGAGCAUAUGAGGAAGUACUGGGAAAAGAAUCAAUUAAUUGCCAUUGAAUUAUCCGACUUGGUAAUCUACUGCAAACCUACAAGCAAAUCCAAGGACAAUUUAGAAAAUCCUGAUUUCAGAGAAGUCCGUUCUUUUGUGGAAAACAAGGCUGAAAGUGUUGUCAGGCAGAAGCCUGGUGAACUGCUGAAAUACAACCAAAAGGGACUGACGCGGGUUUACCCUAAAGGACAGAGGGUUGACUCAUCUAAUUAUGACCCAUUUCGUCUCUGGUUUUGUGGCGCCCAGAUGGUGUCUCUUAAUUUCCAGACCCCAGAUAAAUACAUGCAAAUAAACCAUGCCUUGUUUUCACUUAAUGGACGGACUGGAUAUAUUCUGCAGCCAGAAAGCAUGCGAAAUGAGGACUAUGACCCAAUGCCAAGUGAAUCAAAGAGGAAAUUGCAGAUGCUUUUGACAGUGAGGGUUUUAGGUGCUCGCCAUCUGCCUAAACCUGGCAGAAGCAUUGCUUGUCCAUUUGUAGAAGUGGAAAUUUGUGGGGCCGAAUGUGAUAAUAGCAAGGUCAAGACAACUGUUGUGAAUGACAAUGGCCUUAACCCAGUUUGGGCACCCUGUCCAGAGCAAGUGAAGUUUGAAAUUUAUGAUCCUAACCUAGCAUUUCUGCGCUUCGUUGUUUAUGAGGAGGAUAUGUUCAGUGACCCCAACUUCUUAGCACAUGCCACUUUCCCCAUCAAAGGAGUCAAAUCAGGUUUUAGGUCAGUACCUCUCAAAAAUGGUUACAGUGAAGAUAUAGAGCUGGCUUCCCUUCUGGUUUUCUGUGAAAUGCAGCAAGUUCUGGAAAGCGAAGAGGAGCUUUAUUCAUCGUGUCGGCAACUUCGGCAGCGCCAAGUAGAACUGAACAACCAGCUGUUCCUGUAUGACACUCACCAGAACUUAAGGAACCCUAACAGAGAUGCCUUACUAAAAGAAUUCAGUGUGAAUGAGAACCAAUUACAAAUGUACCAAGAGACAUGCAGCAGGAGAUUAAAGGAGAAGAAAGUCAGUAACAGCAAAUUCUACUCCUAGAGAAGCUAUUCCUUUUGGUGCACCUUUUAGAAAGUCACUCAGGAAGAGACAUUAAUUUAUCCUGAUCGUCGUACUCAGUGAAGGUCUCAUCAGGCUGAAUUUACUAAGAAGAAAGAUGGGUUUCCUAAUAUUUUCUUGUUAUGGGAGGAACUAUUUUCAUUGUCGUUUAAUUUAUCUUUUGUACAAAGCAUACACACAGUUCAGGCUAGAUUUUCUGCAUAUUCAAGUUAUUAUUUGCAUCCAUUAUCACAAAUCUUAAGAGUAAGAAGGAAACUAAGGGUCAGCUUUUCACAGCUACAGGGUGUGCAGACAACUUGCAUGCAUUUGUGCAGGCCCUACUUACCCUUAAAAAUACCCAAAGUGCAAGUACAAAUCAUCUACAGUAUUUGUGUGCACAGGACACAAGUUAGGCAUUCACAACUAUUUGCACACACACACGUUAAUAAUCUGACUCCUUAUGAUUGACAGAUAAUAGGUUUAAUUUAUUAAAUGCUGUAAAAGCACUUUUACAAUAUGAUUGUGACAUCAGAUACAGCAGAUUGUAUCCCCCACACACAAAAUAUUCUGGGUAAUGGAUGGUUAUGCUGUAUUUUCUUGUUACAUUUUUUAAUACCAGUGAAUGAGUUAAUUUUUUAAAACUAAAUGUACUCCAAGAUUGUAGAUGGGUUAUUUGUUGGAUUCUAUGAAAAACUUUAAAAAAGAGAAAUACGACAUUAUUUUGUGUCACGUAAAUCAGCUCUGUCAAGGCGGUGCAAGAAAAUAUUUUUAAUACAUAAGGUAGGAGCUAUUCUUUGCUCCUAGAAAGGAAAGGUAUUUUAAACUGCAAUUGGAUAAUUUACUUUGGUGUAACAUCGUUUCUCAUAUCCUUCCAGCUGCUAAUCUGCAUACAAAUGAAUUGUUUGCAAACUAUCCAUCUGUAGUCUUGCAGACCUUCUUACAAGAUAAUGUCAAACAGGACUGUUUGUUUUUUUUAAUGUUGUCUGUUUUCCCAAAAUAUAUUUAAUCCAUAACAUAACUGUGCAGAAAUACAGACAGAUACAUUAUCCUUAUGGUUUCAGUCACUAGUAGGAACAUAGAAGUUAUAGAUGGAAAAAACCUAUUAGAGCAGCAAGUUUGUUUCCCUGCAAGAACAGAACAGUCUUUGGAUGAUGUAUCAGAUACCAGACAUCUUAAUAUUUGUAUGCAUUGAUUCUUCAUGUUAGCAGCACAUUACUCAUUAAUAAGAAACGACUAGUCACAGUAUGCAUAUGUGGGUGGAGUUUUGCAAUCUAUAUGUUUGAAUGUGCAUUUCAAAUAAGUAUAGAAGAGAUUCUUUUCUUCUAAGUAAUUGCCCAAGGCUUAAAGUGAUACAUGGGUAGUGCUGGAUCUCUCACCACUGAAAUCCUGUUUGGGUUUGGAAUUCAUUGCACAGUGAACUCCCUCAGCGGUUUUCAGUUUUCCUUGCUCCCCUUACUACCACUUCUGCUGAUCUGCUGUCUCAAGAUUCAGUUAAUUGAUUCCACUAUGCAUUCACAGAUGAUAUUUCAAGGAGCACCCUUGAGGUUUUAGUUAUUCCUGAAAAACAGUCCUGUCUCAUUUAACUUCAUAUGAAAGUGCUAUAGCAGAGAGUCAGGAAAUACUAGGGUUGGGCUUCGAAUUUCCCUCUGCAUACAAACUCCCUGAAGAUGUGGGCUUCUCUUGUACAUUUUUUGGAAAUUAAAUGCCAGGUACUGAAUCCAAAAGAUGAGAGGAGAGUAGAUUAAAGGCAGCUCUCUACUCUUCUCCUUCCUGAUAAGUCGAAAAACUAUUCCGUCCCCAAAUGGAGUUGGGAUGCACAGCCUGGGACUAAAAGGAAAAGAACUUUUUGCAUGUAGGUUCAGAUUUCUUCCCCAUCCUGCUUCCUGCCAAAUCACCACCACAGACCGUAUUGCCUAGGGGCUGCCAUGGGGGAGUUUGCUUGAUGCCAGGCAGCCAAUUAACAGGCAGGACAGGAAAGAGAAAAUUCCAGAAAUCCUUGCAUGCCAGACCACUGCGUGCCUGCAAAGUUCUUUCUUACAGGACAUCCACUUCCCCUAAAAAAAAAAAAAA